CCUUGUUCCGAUUUGUGGAAAAAAUUGAAGGAUUUUUGGGUGUUUUUAAGCGAGUGGAGUGUUCUUGGUUUCUUGGAAAGGAUCAUCGUCCGACGUCCGAUCAUGGAAGUUUGAUGGAUCGUCUUGAUUUCGGUCUUUGAUGUUUUGUUCUUGAUGUCUCUGAUGAAGGAUUCAGCUUGGAGAUUUUGGAAUCUUGAUAAUGUCUCUGGUCUCUUUGUUUUGUUUUUUGAUUUUUGUCGCUGUCUUGGAUUCUUGGUGCAGUUCUUGUGAUUGAAUUGCAGUCUUGUUUCACUUCAAGACAUGAUCAGAUUGCAGAAUAGUGGCCAUUCUUUUCUAUUAAUGCGAUGAUAUAAUCUUGGUUUGUGGAACGUACUGUUACCUGCUCGUUUCUGGGAAUGACUGUCAGGGAUGAUUUUAUGCUACCUGUAAAACAUAUUCUCAAGCUACAGUAAGAUAACUGUGCAAGUGGAAAUAUUCAGGAUUCUUGUUUCUGGCACAGUAUUAUGCUAGGGAAGUAUUUAUAGCAGAUGAUUAUGUACGAGCAAGAUUCUGAUGUUCUCCGCUGGGGUCUUGAUAUUCUCCAUGGCGAUCCAUUUUCAAACACCGAGUAUUGUGGAGGAGCUACUCAACAUGAUGCCAGCUUUUAUCAUAGCUGUUAUGUCGGAGAAGGUAAUAUUGGCACAGACCGUACUACUAUAGAGAAUGAUGAGAUUAUUGCCCAUGCUCUUCAAGAAGAAUUUUCACAGCUUGCUGUUGCAGAAGCAACUGGACCUUCACAUGCAGAUGAAGAACAGUUGCAAGCAUCUGUUCUGACACAAGAUUGGUUUGGUCCUUCAAUGAGGAACUAUAGUUCAGGGAAUGAAGAUGGUCAGGAAGAGGCAGAUGAGAUGGAACCUUCCAGUUCAUGUUCAAGUCCUGGGGAAUACUCAUAUGAAGUGGAGGAUUGGUCAUUGGAGCUCACAGAUGACUUCUCUGACAUAGAUGGUGAAGUAGGCAAGAGGUUGAAUCAGAUGGUUCCGAUUCCUCAUGUUCCUAGAAUCAAUGGAGAAAUUCCUUCUGUUGAUGAAGCUACUUCGGAUCAUCAAAGGCUUAUAGACAGGUUGCAACUGUAUGACUUGGUUGAGCUUAAGGUUCAAGGAGAUGGUAACUGUCAGUUUCGAGCUCUGUCCGAUCAAUUUUACCGUACCCCUGAACACCACAAGUUUGUGAGGCAGCAAGUUGUUAAUCAGCUUAUGUCCCACCCUGAGAUCUAUGAGGGAUAUGUUCCCAUGGCAUAUGGUGACUAUUUGAAAAAGCUUUGUAGGAGUGGGGAAUGGGGCGAUCAUGUCACAUUACAGGCUGCUGCAGAUUCUUAUGGCGUUAAAAUUUUUGUUAUAACAUCGUUCAAGGAUACCUGCUAUAUUGAGAUUCUGCCAAAUGUGCAGAAAUCUAAACGAGUAAUAUUCUUGAGCUUUUGGGCUGAGGUGCACUACAAUUCCAUUUAUCCUGAAGGGGAUCUACCAACAUCGGAGACCAAGAGGAAGAAAAGGUGGUGGCACUUUGGAAACAAGCAUUAGGAGUGCAAGUCUUUGCAGCGGUCUUCACUUACAUCUCUUGUUUCUAGAGAGAUUCUCUGAGCAAGCUAUUUCCAUCGAGUGAUGUAGCAGGCGAAGCACAUUGCAAGAUAGGGCAUGAUCCCUGCGCUAUCCACCCUUUUGAUUCACAUUUGCAUGUACAUUCCCUGUGGGUUGUGGCCUUGACAUUCAUUUUCUUAUCCAAUGUUUCUAUGCUAUAUUCAUCUAUAUUAUUCCAGAUAAAAAUGCUUGUUCUUUUUGUUC